GUUUCUAUCUUUAAUUUUCGUAGUUUUUAUCAUUAAUUGGUGUAAAUUAGUUACAACUUGAGUUGGAUAAUACAAUAAGAUUUUCGUUCUCAUGAAAACAGACACAUACAAGUGAUAUAUUGUGCCAAUUUGAUUAAAUCAAACAUUACGAGCGUUUUUUAUGAGAGAAUCUUUCGCUGUAUAUUUAAUUUUUUUUAAGAAAUUUAAUUGUUCCGAGUUAUCACGUCGCUAAUCAACAUGAAGAAAUUCAUUUUUUCCAUUGAUAGAGGAGGUACCUUUACUGACAUCAUAGCGAUUUGUCCAAAUGGAACCGUGAAAACAAUGAAAUUGUUAUCAGAAGAUCCAGCAAAUUACAAUGAUGCUCCGACUGAAGGAAUUCGAAGAAUUCUUCAUGAAGAAACUCAAGAUGCAGUUGAUGAACAUGGAUUAAUAAAGAUCGUCCACGUCGGAUCUAUUCGCAUGGGAACAACAGUCGCAACAAAUGCUUUGCUAGAGAGAAAAGGCGAGAAAGUUGCUUUGGUGGUUAAUGAAGGUUUCAAAGAUAUUUUAGAAAUCGGAAACCAGGCGAGACCAAAAAUUUUUGAUUUGAAUAUUAGAAAACCUUCAAAUCUCUAUGAAGAAGUCGUAGAAGUUUCAUGCCGAAUUAUCCCCGUGAGACAAGAUUGUGAAUUAAAUCAUUCUUAUCGCACUGUCACCGGCAUUUCCAACACUCAAUUUUUUGUCACAAAAGAAUUAAAUUCAGAAAUUGUUCGCGUUCAAUUGUUAGAUGUAUUUAGUCGUGGAAUCAGAUCAGUUGCAAUUGCACUCGCUCAUUCAUAUGCUUGUCCCGAACAUGAAUUAAAGAUUGGUAAGAUUGCAAGACAUAUAGGAUUCACAACCGUAACACUUUCACACGAAGCAAUGCCAAUGGUUCGAAUUGUGCCUCGAGGUUUUACAUCAUGUGCUGAAGCUUAUUUGACACCUCAUGUUGAUCGUUACUUAAAUUCAUUUUGUUCCGGAUUUCAAAACAAUUUAAAAGAUGUUGAAGUGAUGUUCAUGCAAAGUGAUGGUGGAUUGACAGCUAUGGAAAGAUUUAGAGGUGCUCGAGCGAUUUUAAGUGGACCUGCUGGUGGUGUCAUUGGCUACAGUAAGACUGGAUGUCACGACACUGAUUUACCAUUGAUUGGUUUUGAUAUGGGUGGAACAUCAACUGACGUCUCACGUUUUGAUGGACAAUAUGAUCAUUCAUUGGAAUCAACGACUGCGGGUGUAACAAUUCAAGCUCCACAAUUGGAUAUCAACACUGUUGCAGCUGGUGGUGGAUCUCGUCUUUUUUUCAGGUCUGGUUUGUAUGUUGUCGGGCCAGAAUCUGCAGGUGCUAAUCCGGGACCUUCAUGUUACAAGAAAAACGGUCCAUUGACCGUGACCGACGCUAAUCUCAUCCUUGGUAGGCUUUUCCCUGAAUAUUUCCCCAAAAUCUUCGGCCCAAAUGAAGACGAAUCACUCGAUGUAGAUGUCACAUUGAAGGAAUUCAUAAACAUCACUGACGUCGUCAAUAAAUACAACAACGAGAAUUUAUCAGUUCAACAAGUCGCGAUGGGGUUUGUUCGUGUUGCUAAUGAAGCAAUGUGUCGUCCAAUUCGAGCAUUGACACAAUCACGAGGUUUUGAUACGUCUCGUCACGCUCUUUCAUGUUUUGGUGGUGCUGGUGGUCAACAUGCUUGUGCCAUUGCAAAAGAACUUGGAAUGAAGACAAUUUUAAUCCAUAAAUAUUCAGGAAUUCUUUCAGCUUAUGGAAUGGCGUUGGCUGAUGUCGUUCAUGAAGCUCAAAAACCUUGCGGAUUGAUUUUUGAAGAGAAAAAUCUCCAAGCAAUUAGGGAACUUCUUGAUGAAUUAUCGAAAGAUUGUGUUGAUCAACUGAAGAUUCAAGGAUUUGAUGAUGAAAUGAUUGUUCUUGAGCCUUAUUUACAUCUACGUUACAAUGGAACUGACUGCUCGUUGAUGAUUUCACCAGAAAAAGAUGGAAAAUGUGACGACAUAUUAUCAUCAAAUUAUGGCGAUUUUCAAUCAUCAUUUAUCAAACGAUAUCAAAAAGAAUUUGGAUUUACAUUGGAAGGACGUCAUAUUGUUGUUGACGAUAUUCGAGUUCGUGGUUGCGGUAAAUCGACGACACCUGAAGAACCUGACAUCGAAAUUGCGGUUGAAAAUUCAACUCUAAAGCCAAUUAAAAUCGCAAAAGUUUUCUUUGAUGAUUAUUGGCAUGACACGAAAGUUUUCAUUCGAGAAGAUCUUCAAACGGGUCAUGAGAUUUUUGGACCAGCAGUGAUUAUUGAUCGUCUAUCGACGAUUAUUGUUGAACCAAAUUGCAAUGCAAAGAUUACAAGAAAAGGCGAUAUAGUCAUUGUUAUCCAAGAUUUACUUUUGAAGAAAGUCGUGGGUGUUGAUUUAGAUCCAAUUCAAUUGUCAAUCUUCAGUCAUCGCUUCAUGUCAAUCGCUGAACAAAUGGGAAGAGUCUUACAGCGAACAUCGAUUUCGACCAAUAUUAAAGAGCGAUUGGACUUUAGUUGCGCUUUAUUUGGACCUGACGGUGGCCUCGUUUCCAAUGCACCACACAUUCCAGUUCAUCUGGGAGCGAUGCAGGAAACAGUUCGAUAUCAGAUUGAAUUUCGUGGGAAAACAUUAAAGGAUGGCGAUGUUUUACUGUCAAAUCAUCCACAAGCAGGCGGAAGUCAUCUUCCCGACUUAACCGUCAUCACUCCAGUUUUUUAUCCAAAUGUCGUUGAUCCAGUUUUCUUCGUUGCAAGUCGUGGUCAUCAUGCUGAUAUUGGAGGAAUUUCCCCAGGAUCAAUGCCACCUCAUUCAAAGAGUUUAGCUGAUGAAGGUGCUGCUUUCAAAUCAUUUCUUCUUGUUGAUGGUGGAGUUUUCAAUGAGACCGGAAUUGUCAAGGAGUUAAAAACACCAACUGGUACUGCAAGUUGUGGAACAAGAAAUCUCGCUGACAAUAUUUCUGAUUUGAAAGCACAAAUUGCUGCCAAUCAUAAAGGCAUUCAACUUGUUCGUGAACUAAUCGAUAUUUAUAGUCUUCAAGUUGUUCAAGCUUUUAUGAAAUAUAUUCAAGAUAAUGCUUCGGAAUGCGUACGUGAAAUGUUGAAGGAGAUUGCAGCUGACACAAGAAAGCGAACUGGUGGAACUAUUCUUCAUGCAAAUGAAUUUAUGGAUGAUGGAAGUCCAAUUACUUUAACAAUUAAUAUCAGUGAGAAUGAUGGAACAGCAAUCUUUGACUUCACUGGAACUGGCCAUGAAGUUUAUGGAAAUUGCAAUGCGCCGAGAGCAAUCACUUUGUCAGCGAUCAUUUAUUGCCUUCGUUCAAUGGUUGGUUACGAUAUUCCAUUGAAUCAGGGAUGUUUAAAUCCAAUUCGAGUUAUAAUACCAAAGAACUCAAUUCUUGAUCCAUCAGAUCAAGCAGCUGUCGUUGGUGGAAAUGUGUUGACUUCUCAACGAAUUGUUGACACUGUUUUGAAAGCUUUCGGUGUUUGUUCAGCAAGUUCUGGUUGCAUGAAUAAUACGACAAUUGGUGAUGAAAAAUGGGGAUAUUAUGAGACAGUUGGAGGUGGAAGUGGUGCGGGGCCAACUUGGCAUGGAACUUCAGGUGUUCACACACAUAUGACGAACACAAGAAUUACUGAUUUGGAAAUUCUUGAGAUUCGCUAUCCGAUUGUUUUACAGAGAUUUUCACUUCGAGCUGAUGGUUCUGGUGGUGAUGGAUUCUUUAAAGGAGGUGAAGGUGUUCAUCGAGAGCUACUUUUCAGAAAGCCUGUAACUUUAUCCAUUCUAAGUGAAAGACGCGCAAUUAAAAAUUAUGGACUUGAAGGUGGAGAAUCUGGAAAAGUUGGAUUGAAUUUGUUAAAGAAAGUUGAUAGACGUAUUAUUAACUUGGGAGGAAAAACAGCUAUUCAAGUAGAAGCAGGAGAUAUUUUCUCCAUGUUGACACCAGGUGGUGCUGGUUAUGGAAUUAAAAACGCUGAAACUUCUUCCAAUGCCUGCAAAAAUGAAGAGGAAGAUGCAAAGAUAAUAAGAACGAUGGCAAAUAAUCAACGAGGCAGUGGCAUUCAACGUCCAAAUGGCGCAACACAGAGUAAAAUCUGUCAAUUUAAGUUGGUGCUAUUGGGUGAGUCUGCGGUUGGAAAGUCAUCACUCGUGUUGCGUUUUGUAAAAGGACAGUUUCACGAGUAUCAGGAGAGCACAAUUGGUGCUGCCUUCUUGACUCAAACCGUUCACAUUGACGACACAGCAGUCAAAUUUGAAAUAUGGGACACUGCUGGACAGGAAAGGUAUCAUAGUUUGGCACCAAUGUAUUAUCGUGGAGCGCAGGCCGCAAUUGUAGUUUAUGACAUACAAAAUCAGGAUAGUUUUGUACGCGCCCAAACGUGGGUGAAAGAGCUUCAACGACAGGCUUCACCUAAUAUUGUUAUCGCUUUAGCUGGCAACAAGGCUGAUUUGGCCGCAAGUCGAGCGGUUGACUAUGAAGAAGCAAAACAAUAUGCCGAUGAAAAUGGAUUGUUGUUUAUGGAAACAUCAGCAAAGACCGCUGUCAAUGUUAAUGAGAUAUUUUUAGCAAUAGCGAAAAAACUUCCGAAGAACGAAGGAACGGGUCAGCAGCAGAAUAUUCGACCAACUGUAGAUCACCGGCUUUCGGAAAAGCGAUUCUAUUGUGUUUUUUACUACUUCAUAGAACAAAAAGAAAUUUAAAAUUUUUCCUUUUUUUCCAACCACUUCUGGUUUGAAGAAAAAGAAAGCUAAUAGACAUUUUUGUUGCCCUCUGCAAACAUUUAAAAAGAAAAUGAAAAGAAAAAACAUUAAAUUUUACUCCUUUUUCCGUAUCAUGUCGGAUGAGAAAAAACAGUAAACAACAAACACAGCUUUUAUAUUAAAGAAAUUGAAUGAAUAUAAAGAAAGUGGUAAAGAAAACAUUAUUAUUCUUAUUAUUGGUAAGCAUUUGUAUGUGAUGUAAAGGAUCUUCUUAUUUUGGUAUUUGCCUCCUAGCUAUUGCUUAUGUUAUUUUUAUUCUCAUGUUUAACCUUAAUAGUUUUCAUGAAAUAAAAAAAAGCGCUAAUUACUUUCAUUUUUAUCAUUAGCCUUUACAUCACAUUUGAACGUUUCCAAAUCAAUUAAAAUGAAAAAAAAAAUGCAUAUAAAAAUAUUAUGAUUAUUCUCUUUGUAAUUAAGUGGAAAGAUUAAAAAAACUACAACAAAUCAAAUGUUCUCUGAUCUAUCAUCGUCAUCUUUUCCGAUGCAAUUUCCAGCUUUCAUUUGCUGACAUUUUAAUUUCUCAAUUAUUUAAAGUUCUUGUUAUAAUUUUAAACCAUUUUUCUUCUUUAAAUGCAUUUAGAAAGUUUUGCGCGUUGAUGAAAUAUCUAAGUUGAAGCUUUAAUGAAAAAGUUUGUAAAGAAAAAAAAAGAAAUGAAAGAAAUUAGGCUACAAAAUAUUACAUAUUUUCAUUAAAUUCAAUUUAUAUUUAAAUUCCCCAUUUAAUUUUCCCGAUUGCUCUAAACACUCGGUUGAGGGUCUUUUUAGUCCCUGUCCGAUGAUGAUGAUGAUGAUGAAUUUUCCCGAUAUUUAAUUAUCAUUCACAUAAAUAAAGAAAAUGCUGAAAUCUGAUUAUAAAAUUAACUUUCUGUAACUAAUUUAUGACAUUCCAAUGGAAGAGAGAUGAACGAUGUAACUGGUAAGAAAAUCUGUCCAUAAGAAUCAUAAUAAAUUCAUCUGGGGAAAACUUAAUUGAAAUUACUUUGAAGAAUGGAGUAAAAAGUGUAAUUGCAUAUGUUGAUAAACAUAAAAAGAAAAUAAAAUUAUUGAAAUUUUCUUGUAUUCUGUGAAAAACUAAACCAUGAAUUGCCUUUUUUAUUUAUUGGUUUGUGGUGAGAAUUGUUGAACAUUCAAAAACAGUUUUAAUUGUUUUUAAGAAUUAGAUAUAUGAGAAAAGUAAAGGUUUGUAGUAUUAGAGUGAAGAAAAAAAAGAAUUUUUCUGUUUAAAUCACAUA